AUGGCUGCCCCUCAAGGUUACCCUUUGCUCUGCCUGGAGAACCCUCUCCUCGAUAUCCAGGCUCGUGCUGAUACUACUCUUUUGGAGAAGUAUGGCCUCAAGGCCAACGAUGCCAUCCUAGCUGAGGAGCAGCACAUGGGUCUCUACGAGGAGCUCAUGAAGCUUGAUGCUAAGCUGAUUCCCGGUGGUGCUGCCCAGAACACUGCCCGUGGUGCCCAGUACCUGCUCCCUGAUAACUCCGUCCUCUACAUUGGCUGUGUUGGCAAGGACAGGUACGGUGAGAUCCUCAAGAAGACCUGUGAGAAGGCCGGUGUCCACACCGAAUACCGUGUGGACGAGACCCAGCCCACUGGAAAGUGUGGUGCCGUCAUCACUGGUCACAAUCGCAGCCUGUGCACCCACCUUGCUGCCGCCAACGAGUACAAGCUCGAGCACCUUAAGCAACCCCACAUCUGGGACCUCGUUGAGAAGGCCCAGUUCUACUUCGUUGGUGGCUUCCACCUGACUGUCUGCGUUCCCGCCAUCCUAGCCCUCGCUGAGGAGGCUGCUGCCAAGAACAAGCCCUUCAUGCUUUCUCUCUCCGCUCCUUUCAUCCCCCAGUUCUUCAAGGAGCAGCUGGACAGUGUUCUUCCCUACACUGACUACACAGUCUGCAACGAGACAGAGGCUCGUGCAUACUCCGAGAGCCACCAGUGGGGCACUGAGGAUGUGAUCGAGAUCGCCAAGAAGCUCGCCCUUCUGCCCAAGGUCAACACCCAGCGUGCUCGUAUCUCCAUUGUCACCCAGGGUACCGACCCCACCAUCAUUGCCGUUGCUUCUACCAGCGGUGAUGUUGAGAUCAAGAAGUUUGAUGUUCACAAGCUUUCCUCCGAUGCUAUCAACGAUACCAACGGUGCUGGUGAUGCUUUCGCUGGAGGUUUCGUUGCUGGUCUCGUCGCUGGCAAGUCCCUGGAGGACUCCGUUGACAUGGGCCAGUGGCUCGCCGCUAAGAGCAUCCAGGAGCUUGGACCUUCCUACCCCUACCCCAAGCAGACCUACUCUCGGUCAUAA